ACAGAAAAGCCUUUGUGUAUAACUUCAUUAGAAAUUUUAGUAAUGCUCUUUAUUUCUUGGAUGUAUUGGCAUAUGCUUCCAAAUAGGAAAUUGAUAGAUAGAUUGUUAAACAGAAAAGUGCUUUUUAAUGGGAUAGUCUAGAUAGGUUAUUUCUUACUCACCUGAUUCUAAUAGAAGUAUUUCAAUAUGCACAUUAGUAAGAAAUAUAUCUAGUCUGAUUCCCCCUCUCUUUUAUACUCUAGGUUGAUUAAGGGGGUCAAAAUGGGGUGUGACAGUAGCGAAUGCUUAUGGCUUUUUCCGUUAAUUUAAAUGGAAAUUUUAAUAGAGGGACUAACUUGAAUAAUUUUGAAUAGUUGAGAGACUAAAUUGGGGCAAUGCGAAACUCAGGGACUAAAUUAGACAUUUAUUAAUAUUCCGGGGACAAUUUUGAGCUUUUACUCAUUUUGGGUCAUAUUUAUGUUUGCUUCUUCUCCCUUUGGAAAACUAUAUUUGAUUUUAAAUGUGGUUUUCGAUUGAACUAAGUCGUCGUAUUUGUUUAGCUGCAUGUGGGCUUCCAGCUUCUACCACCCUAUUUAAGCUUUGCUGGAAGUGCUGAAAUUUGCAAUGGCGUUUUUAAAAGUUAAUCAUUACUUUUUAUUGCUGAAUACUUAUUUUCUUUAUGUUAAUUAAUUCCUUGGAAGUUGUGGGUAUUUUGUUCCCUGUAAGUUUUAUCAGGCUUAUAAAAUGAUUAUUUGUAAGUUUUAUCAGGCUUAUAAAAUGAUUAUUUCUGAACUUUGAAUGUUGUUUGAACCUGAAUAAAAACGGUUGACCACAUUGUUUAAUGUUGUAUGUGAAGACAGAUGGUUAGCUUGGAUGUGACAUUCAUGUUUGUUGUUUUUGUUCUAACCCUUAGGUUUUUCUUAUUAUUGUGAUCAACUGUGCCUCAUUGCUUUGAUCAACCUUAAAAAAAAUUCCCUCCCUUUCAUUUGUCUCUCUCCUGGUCCGUUGUCUUUCUUAACUGCACCUCCAAUUUUCCUUGUCCUGCACUCUAUUUUUCUACUUCCACAUCUUGCAUUUCAACCUCCAGUGAAUUCUUUAUCUAUUACUUCCAUUAUGUCAGCAGUUGUCCAGACUACUUGUAAGACCAAGAGUUGCAUCUUAAUUAUUUACCCAAGUUCGUAAUUAAUACCGAGUUGUUAGAGUGGUGCAUUGGUACUAAUGAUCUGUGAUAGUCGCGCACUUGGAAUAUUUAUUAAUUUUGUAAGCUUUGAGAAGUGCUAAAAUUAACUUGAAAUAUUGGGAUGAACUAAUUUUAUUGCUUUCUUUUAUCUGACAGCAGUUUUUAUAUCCUUAUGAUCAUGGUUCUUGUUGAACUACUUCCAUUUACAAAAUUUGAGAUGAUAAACAUAGAGGGAGAAAUUGACUGAUAUGAGAACAUGAUGCUUCAUAGAACAUUAUAUGGUGCUUAUCAAUCAGUUCCUUUAAUAUGGAAAUUUUCGAAGUAUCUUUAUGAGGAUUAGUUUUAUGCUUGGGCAGACUAAAAAUGGGUAUGCUGCACAUCAACUUAGGAUAAGGUGAAACACAUGCGGCGAUAGAUGUUCAAUGAAAUAUUGAAAUUAAGAUAAAUGGUCUUGCAUACUUGUCACAUCCCACAUCUGUUUAUGGUAGGGAAAGUAUGGUAUAUUUAACAUAUGCAUCAAUCAGCUUCUGGUUGAAGUUAAUAAUUGUGCUUCUUCAUUUUGUGAAAGCAAUUGUCCCUUCUCAACGGAAGUUGUAUUUUUCAUUUCAUUUAAAAGAAACCAACUUAUUGACUUUUCAGCAACCAGAUGGGCUGGCUUUUCUGAAUGAGAAGGCAUCAAAAAAGGUUAAUUCUAAAAAGAUAUUGAAGGAAAUGGGACCUGCUGGUUCUGGUGAUGCAUCAUCUACACUAUCAAUCAAACUUUGUAAAUCAAUCCGUGCUGUUGAAGCUCAGCCAAUAAGCUGUAAGCCUAUGACCUGCGUUCUUCAAUUUGAUGGUGCUUCUAAAGGAAAUCCUGGGAUGGCUGGUGCUGCAGCAGUACUACGCAAUGGAGAUGGGAGUGUGGUUUCUUGUAUUCGUGAAGGCUUGGGCAUUGCAACCAAUAAUGUGGCAGAAUACCGUGCUUUAAUUUUGGGGAUGAAAUAUGCUCUCAUGAAAGGCUUUAAGCAUAUUCAGGUGCAAGGUGACUCGCAACUAAUUUGCAUGCAGGAGGUGUGUCGCUUCUUCGGCAAUGCUUCGCUUUCUUCUUCUUGUCCUCCUCCGAUGAUCUAUGAUCGUUCUACAAUGGCAAUGAAGGCCGUUGGCUCUAAUACCAUGUUAAAACUAGGAGUUUUAGAGGAAAAAGCUUAA